GAAGCGGGGAGGUGAUCCCGGAAGUUCCCGCUCGGCGCUGCUGGUGGGUACCGGGGUCGUGGGGAGUUGCAGUUCCAGGUCCCGCCGUCGCCGCCGCCCUCUCUCGGAAACCGCCAUGGACGAUAGCCUGUUCCAGCUGAAGUUCACAGCAAAGCAGCUGGAGAAGCUGGCCAAGAAGGCGGAGAAGGACUCCAAGGCAGAGCAAGCCAAAGUGAAGAAGGCCCUUCAGCAGAAGAAUGUGGAGUGUGCACGUGUGUACGCAGAGAACGCCAUCCGCAAGAAGAAUGAGGGGGUGAACUGGCUCCGGAUGGCAUCCCGUGUGGAUGCUGUGGCCUCCAAGGUCCAAACGGCCGUGACCAUGAAGGGGGUGACCAAGAACAUGGCACAGGUGGCCAAGGCCCUGGACAAGGCUCUCAGCUCCAUGGACCUGCAGAAAGUCUCCGCAGUGAUGGACAAGUUCGAGCAGCAGGUUCAGAACCUGGACGUGCACACGUCGGUGAUGGAGGACUCCAUGGGCUCGGCCACCACCCUGACCACGCCGCAGGAGCAGGUGGACAGCCUCAUUGUGCAGAUCGCCGAGGAGAACGGCCUGGAGGUCCUGGACCAGCUCAGCCAGCUGCCUGAGGGCGCAUCUGCCGUGGGCGAGAGCUCCACGCGCAGCCAGGAAGACCAGCUGUCGCGGAGGUUGGCAGCCUUGAGGAACUAGCUGGGCCCACUGCGUGCCGGGAGGGGCCAAGGAGGAUGGUGCGCGCCCCUGCAUCCUGCCUUUCUGGUGGUGCAGAGCUGCAGCCUCGGCUCCUUUCGGCCUCCCCCUGCCGGGCUUGGGCAGGCCCGGAGUGACCCGUUUCCUCUUAGCUUGGGUGGUGUGUCUGCGUGCGGUUGUCCCCGGACCACCUCGGGACCCGCCUGGACGUUGGGCCCGCUCUGCCCGGGACCUUUCAGUGCUUGGGGCAGACAGAUGGCCCCAGGAGCGUCCGCGCUGCCAACCGUGGCUGGAGGACAACCUCGUGCGCCUUAUUACAGAUGUCCCCAAGUGCCACCCAAACCCUCCUGGUGGCCUCAGGAGAGCCAUGAGCUGCUCCCCUUCCCCACUGUUCCAGGCCUGGGGUCUCGGUCACACAAGAGGGGGCACCUGUCCCAACUCUGCUGCUGCCUCUGGAGUCCCUCAGGCCCCCACAGGGAGCAGGCUCGGUGUCCUCGUUCUCCAGCAGCAGGUCCAGGGCACCCCCACCCCCCGAUACUGUAAAUAGGGGUCUGUGUGUCCCCACCCCCCACACACACUGCCCCUGGAAGCCCCGGAGAGGGGCCCCGGCCAUGUGGGGCCCUUUGGGGAAACGUCUUGCUGUGGCUCAGAGGCUGAGGACAGGCCCGUCAGGGAGCCAUGUGGCCAGCUGGGGCAGACACCAUGGGCUACCGUUUCUUCUGUUUCCUGAAGUUUACUUCAUUUUCUUGAAGCUUCCAGGGUUUUGUUUGUUUUGCCAAAACAGAGCAGGUGGGGGGCCUUGGGCCACUGCAUCCCUCCCUGGGAGCUGGUGAGGGCUGCUCGAUGCUCCUUGAGCAGGGCCCAGCUCCAUCCACACUUUCCCAGAGGCCUCCUGCUGUCCGUCUGUCCUGCACGACAGUGGACCACAGAUGGCCUUGACUGCUCCUGUGUAGAAGUGCUGGAGCCCAUACCUUGGCCUGCUGCGCUUGAUUCUUUUCUGGACUCGGGAGCUCCUGGGUGUUCAUGCAGAAUGGGGGGUGUGAGGUGGGUGUGCCCACAUGGGUAAGGCGUUUUGCUGUGCCGGCCUCCUGACUGCCCUGGCCACAGUCUUCCCUGAAGACAGUCUGCGAGCUGGGGUGCAGGGGCCUGAGGCCCACCCCCACCCCCAGUGGGCUCGGGUCCCUGCAGGGCCUGGCCUGCGAGAAGGGGCUGUGGGGCCGCGCCCACCCCGGGCUGACGGGGCGUGUUGGUGUUUCCGUUUUGGUUCAUUAAAGGGAAUGGGCUUGUUGGCCCUUCUCAGUGUUUUUAAUCAGUGCUGUUAAUUCCCUAAGAUGCUACUGUAAGUAAAUAGUCGAUCCUUGGAAACCUUAAA